GGAGGAAUCACCGCCCAAACAUAAACGGGCCCAGCAACAACACGAGGCUGCAAUAUUCUGCCGCCUGAUCAUGUCAUUCCACGACCCCAGACGACAAUCGCCUGAAAAUGACUGAAGUAGCUGCCAACGACACCCCGGGCAGCUUCGAUCUCGAGCAGGCCAAGGCGGCGCUGACCUCGUCGUCGACAACUGCCCGCAUCGCCCAAUUGCGGGGGAUUGACGAGAGUAUCUCGCACAAGGCCCUCGACAGGACCGCGACGCUCGGCAUCCUCAAAGUCCUUUUCUGGACACAUGCCAUCUACAUCGACCGACCCUCCAGACAAGCAGUCCAACGAUGCCUCGCUUCGCUCUGCCGAGUAGGGGAUGCUGACGUCCUCGCGCCCUUGAUCGCCGCGGUCCGCCAGGAAACCCAGAAACAUGGCAUUGCGCCCGAUAGUGCGUUCGUCCUUGUGGAAUGGUCCAGCUUGUUGACCCAGCACUUCGCGGGGACGCCGCUAUGGGACAAGUUUGGCAAGGACAUCAUUCUGGCUACGGCGGACGGCCUGGAAAAGUGCCUGCAGCCUACAGCAAAGGGUACGAUUGGCAGCUCCGCGCUGGUCAUCACAAGGAGAGCCCUCCGAAAGCUGGCCGCGGCAGAUCAAAAGGCAAUCGACGCAGCUGUUCAGCUCCUCACGGCUAAGGGAAGCCAGCCUGCUGCCAAAUAUGCCGUCUUGCUGGGCGCCAUAGCGGGCGUCUGCUCGCGCAAACCGGAGGCGAAGCCCGUCGUCGAGGGGUUGAAGAAUCAGUACCUCGCAUUCUACGUCCGCGAAAUCGUCGGGUCUCGAACACCAGUUCCAGCUCACCAAGCAAACGGACUUGGGGAUUUCUUCUCGGCCUUCGUUUCCCUCGAGGAUCUCGAGAAGGAGGUUUUUCCGGCUCUGGAAAAAGGCCUGCUAAGAGCUCCCGAGGUAGUCCUCAACGACCUGAUUACACCUCUUGUUCGCUCCCUGCCGCAGUUCGACCUCUCCAAGACCCUGUCUGGCCGCUUUGUGAAGCCAUUGCUCUCCAAUAUCAAGUCAUCCAACGCUACUAUUCGCAGCGGCGCUGUCACAGCUUUCCGCGUCAUAGCCUCCAGCAGCCAAGACUUCACGCUUCUCGAGCAAGCCGCUGACGAGGUGCUCGGGCCCCUGAAGUCCGGCAAACUUGCGUCUGCAGAUCACAGGGUCCUGCAUUCCGAGAUGUUAGUUGCUCUGCCUUUGUCGACAAGCAUCGCAACCAAAAUUGCCUCUGGGCUCCCCGCCCUCGUGGGCAAGGAGGCCAACGAGGCGGCCCUCAGCGCCGAAACGCUGGCUUUGAAUGCGAGCGCCACGGCUCUUCUUCGGGACGGCGAGGCCCCAAAGACACUGCUUGACGCGUACGCAAAGGGAUUAGCGGACAAGAAGGCUCCGAUCCGGCGGAUUUGGAUCCUACGCACUGGAGAUCUGCUGCAGACCUUCGCCGAGAAACCCAAAGCUGACCUCCCCAAGAGCGUCGUCACGUUUGCGGAAGCCGUUCUUCCUCCUCUCCUGUCCACUUUCAACGAAGUGGUCGCGAAUCCAAUCGCUGCCGCUCAGAGUGGCCUUGUCUCGGCGGCCCUGGUUGUCUGUGCUCUUGAAUCGCUGCUCAGCAGGCUCGAAAGCGCCAACGUACAGUCGCUGCUCCAAAAACCGUCGAUACAAAAGAACAGUUUGGCAGUAGAGCCAAAGCCAUCAUACCUGUUAAAUCAACGGAUAUACAGCAAGUUUUCCGGAGACGAUUCAAAGUGGCUCUGCCGCGCACUUUCCGAGAUUGUUCCCGCCCUCAGCUCAAGCCCCGAGGCGGUCAGGAUCGCUUGGGCUCAAGCAUAUAUCUACCUAAUCUGCUCAACUGGUUCGUCCCCUGACGUGCGCCGCCAAACGAUCAAUGCUCUAUCCGGUCUCUGUGCCCAAAAGGCGGCUGCCGAUGGCGCAUCUGUUGCCUCGGAGAUCAUUAAUGGCUUAUGGCACUGGAUCGAAGCGUUGGAGGCGGCCGAGAAAGAAAGCGCGGCAGUAUUAGCCAAGUCUGGGAACUCUAACCUCCAUUUGGUGCUCAAGUCGAUUUGCCCUCCAAAAGGAUCCGCAAGCCGAGACGGCUCUGAUGCCGACAGCACCCAAAAAGAAUCCCAAAUGUGUUCCCUGCUUGUGCUUGCCAGGCCCCAGCUCAUCCCUCGUGCGAGUUGGAUCGACCUUUGCUUGAGGGUAGGGCUGGAUCCUGGCGAGUUGGCUAAGAAACACGAGGAAACCUUGAUUCAGGAAAUCGUUGGACGCACCAGCUAUGGCCAAAAGUCCGAGGCCGUCAAGAAUGCGGCUUACAGUGCAGCUGCCGAGCUCGUAUUCGUCGCGCCGGAAUCCAUGACCCAGAGAAUUGUCGACCUUAUUCGUAACGACUUAGACACGUCCCAGCUGCAGACAGUCGGGCCUCUCGAAGCUGCCAUCUUCCGCACCCCUGAAGGAACUGCAUUCGUGGAUGUCCUCGCCAAGAAGCAGAAUGUCGUUCCGAAUAAGAACGUCAAGGACUAUGAUUUGCUGAAGUGGGAGGAGGAACUCAGAGCUCAGUUGGCCGAGAAAAAGGGGAUCCAGAAGAAACUCACUGCGGACGAGACUGCAAAGGUCAAUGCGCAGCUCAAAAAGGAAGCCGAGAUACGCGAUCAGGUCCGGCAAAUAGCUUCCAGGUUGCUGCGUGGGUUUGGGAUUGUCAAGGCGCUCGCGACUGGGCCGCCGUCGGAUGUCCGCCGUUGGAUUGGUGCUGCUAUCAGUGCUACUCUGACGUCCAUCAAAGCCGGCGCCACCCUGAUCACCGCAGAAACCGGGCCGAUGGCGUUUGUCUCGUGCGCGGAGCAAGUUUCGUCUCGUCUUGGAACUAUUCGCCCGUUCAUUGGAGCCGCCACCCUGCGCGCUCACGACGUCUCGGCCCUGCCGGAGGAACUGACCCAAGAACCGUUCGAGGAUCUGGUCACGAGAGUGCUCUUCCGUUUGCGCUUUGCCAGUGAGCAGCGGCCGUUCGAUGUGGUUACUCUCGUCUACAUCCUCCCCCUUCUUCUUUUGGUCCUCGAAAAGGGAGGGUUCGGUGGCAAUGCAGAUGAUCGUGACGCCCAGUUGGUCCUUGCCAUCGAGACUCUCUCGUUCCAUACAGAUGUUACAGCAGACGAGGCGAUUCCACGAGCCGAGAUUCUCGAUGGCCUCAUCUUGGCGAUGCAAAGGUACAGCCAACACUACAAGAUUCUCAAGGACUGCUUCUCCGACAUGGUGCGCUGUGUCGCUCCCAACAUAAGCUCUGAAGAGAUUGGAGUCCUUUCCCGUGGCAGCAUCGUCCCCCAGGCCAGCGUGCGGACGGCAGUGCUGCAAGCCAUCAGUGCUGAGGUCGACAUGAGCGAAGUCGGCGUGUCAGAAGAGAUGUGGAUUGCCUGCCACGACGACAUCGAGGAGAACGUCGAACUUGGUCGCGAGAUCUGGGAAGAGAGCGAGUUCCAGGUGUCCGAGGAACUUGCCCACAAGAUGCUUCCCUACCUAGAGAGCAAGGACGCCCAGCUUCGCCGUGCCGCCGCCAAAUCUCUGGCUGAGGCGGCCAGCCAGAACCCGACCGUCAUCCCGCCCAUUCUUGAGAAGCUCCAGUCAUCCUAUGUCGAACUGGCCAAGCCACGCGUUCAGGAGCUGGACGAGUUUGGGAUGCCCAAGAAAAUGGACCUAUCUGAUCCCUGGGAAGCCCGCCAUGGCAUCGCUCUCGCCUUUAGGCACCUCGCUCCCGACCUGGGAAAGGCACAGCUCGAACCCUUCUUCAACUUCCUCAUCGAGCAAGGCCCACUUGCAGACCGCAAUGCCACUGUCCGUUCCACGAUGCUCGAUGCCGCAAACACCGCCAUUGAGAUUCAUGGCAAGGGCGUCCUCGACAGGUUGAUGAAGACAUUCGAGAAGACUCUUGAGGCACCAGACAAGAAUUCCGAGGCCGCGGACCGCGUCAACGAGGCAGUCAUCAUCAUGUAUGGUGCUCUUGCUCGGCAUCUGAAACCUGGGGAUAAGAAAAUCCCUGUCGUGAUCGAACGGCUCCUUGCGACGCUCAGCACGCCGUCCGAGGCAGUGCAGUAUGCCAUUGCAGAAUGCCUUCCGCCUCUCGUCCGGACCUGCGGCGACAAAUCAUCGAAGUACAUUGACCAAGUUCUCGAGACGCUGCUGACAUCCAAAAAUUAUCCUGAGCAGCGCGGAGCUGCCUACGGUCUGGCGGGCCUCGUCCUCGGCAGGGGCAUCAACGUCCUGAGGGAGUACCGCAUCAUGAUUACGCUCAGCAGCGCUCUCGAGAACAAAAAGGAGAUUCGCCAGCGGGAGUCCGCCAUGCUAGCUUACGAGCUUCUCUCGACCAUUCUUGGCCGCCUCUUCGAGCCAUAUGUGAUACAAAUCGUACCGCAGCUGCUCGCAGGGUUCGGCGACGGCAACGCUGACGUCCGUGAUGCUGCGCUGGCAGCCGCCAAGGCGUGUUUCUCUUCGCUGAGUUCGUAUGGUGUCAAGCAGAUCCUCCCAACCCUUCUCGACGGGCUUGAGGAAGACCAAUGGCGCAGCAAGAAAGGUGCAUGCGACACCCUUGGUGCCAUGGCUUACCUUGACCCCCAGCAACUUGCGCAGAGUUUGCCGGAGAUCAUUCCGCCGCUGACGGCCGUCUUGAACGACAGCCACAAGGAAGUCCGCGCUGCCGCCAACAAGAGUUUGAAGAGAUUCGGCGAAGUCAUCACCAACCCGGAAAUCAAGGGCCUAGUCGACAUCCUCCUUAAGGCCCUCAGUGACCCGACCAAGUACACUGACGAAGCCCUGGACGCGCUCAUCAAAGUUCAAUUCGUUCACUAUCUUGAUGCGCCGUCUCUGGCACUCAUCAGCCGCAUCCUCCAGCGUGGUCUGUCCGACCGGUCCAACACCAAGCGCAAGGCGUCGCAGGUCAUCGGCAGCUUGGCUCAUCUCACAGAGCGCAAGGAUCUGGUGGCGCAUUUGCCGGUCCUCGUGGCAGGCCUGAAGGUUGCCGUCGUCGACCCGGUGCCAACCACUCGCGCGACCGCAUCCCGUGCACUUGGAUCGCUUGUGGAGAAGUUGGGCGAAGAUGCACUGCCGGAUCUCAUCCCGGGCCUCAUGCACACUCUCAAGUCCGAGACGGGUGCCGGCGACAGGCUUGGUUCUGCUCAGGCACUCAGCGAGGUCCUCGCUGGCCUGGGAACUGCGAGGUUGGAGGAGACGCUGCCGACCAUCCUGCAAAAUGUCGAGUCGCCCAAGCCCUCUGUUCGCGAGGGCUUCAUGUCGCUCUUCAUCUUCUUGCCUGUCUGUUUCGGCAACAGCUUCGCCAACUAUCUCGGUAGGAUCAUCCCGCCGAUCUUGUCAGGUCUUGCGGACGAUGUCGAGGCUAUCCGCGACACAGCCCUCCGUGCUGGCCGGCUGCUGGUCAAGAACUUCGCGGUGCGCGCGGUUGACUUGCUUCUGCCGGAGCUCGAACGCGGCAUGGCUGACGACAACUACCGUAUUCGCCUCAGCUCCGUGGAACUGGUGGGCGACCUGCUCUUCAACCUCGCGGGCGUUAAGUCCAAGACCGAGGAAGAGGAACAGGAUCAGGACGUCACCAAAGAAGCUGGGGCUUCUCUUCGCGAAGUCCUGGGAGAAGAGAAGCGGAACAAGGUUCUCUCGGCACUGUACGUCUGCCGCUGCGAUACUGCUGUUGCUGUCCGCGCAGCCGCUAUCGGUAUCUGGAAGUCCCUGGUUCACAGCCCGCGGACGCUCAAGGAGCUGGUCCCUAGCCUCACCCAGCUCAUCAUCCGGCGGCUGGGCAGCUCCAACAUGGAGCACAAGGUCAUUGCUAGCAACGCCCUGGGCGAACUGAUCCGGAAGGCGGGCGACGGAGUGCUGGCAACGCUACUUCCUACGCUUGAGGAAGGACUGCAAACCUCGCGCGAUGUGGAUGCCAAGCAAGGUAUCUGCUUGGCUCUCAAGGAGCUCAUCUCGUCCGCCUCGCCAGAGGCGCUCGAAGACCACGAAAAGACCCUCAUCUCGGUUGUACGCACGGCUCUCACCGACUCGGAUACCGAUGUCCGGGAGGCCGCUGCCGAAGCCUUCGACUCGCUGCAGCAAAUUGUCGGCAAGCGCGCCGUCGACCAGGUUCUGCCCUAUCUCCUCAACCUCCUCCGCUCAGAAGCAGACGCGAACAAUGCACUUGCUGCCCUUCUCACCCUGCUUACCGAGUCUACGCGCUCCAAUAUCAUCCUGCCGAAUCUCAUCCCUACCCUUAUCACGCCUCCCAUCUCGGCGUUCAACGCCAAGGCGUUGGCCUCCCUGUCUAAGGUCGCCGGUGCUGCUAUGAACCGCCGGCUGCCCAACAUCAUCAACUCGCUCAUGGACAACAUUGUCAACUGCACCGAAGAUGAGCUGCGGGAAGACCUCGACGCCUCAUUCGACACGGUUAUCCUGUCCAUUGAUGAGUACGAUGGCCUCAAUGUGGUCAUGAACGUCCUUCUACAGCUCAUCAAGCACGAUGACCACCGCAAGAGAGCCGCCACUGCCCGGCACCUCGGCAAAUUCUUCGCAGAGGCCGGUGUGGAUUACUCUAGAUAUAACCAGGACAUUAUCCGCGCCUUGUUGAUCUCGUUCGAUGAUCGGGAUAUGGAGGUUGUCAAGGCGGCUUGGGGCGCACUGAACGAAUUCACCAAGCGCCUCAAGAAGGAGGAGAUGGAGGCACUCGUGCAGUCAACGAGGCAGACCCUUUUGCAGGUUGGCGUCGCAGGCCACAAUCUCCCGGGUUUCGAGCUACCCAAGGGCAUCAACGCUAUCUUGCCAAUCUUCCUGCAGGGUCUUAUGAAUGGCACGGCGGAGCAGAGAGUCUCGGCCGCUCUGGCUAUCUCGGACAUUGUCGACAGGACCAGCGAGGAGUCGCUCAAGCCAUUCGUCACGCAGAUUACUGGUCCGCUAAUUCGCGUGGUUUCGGAGCGGUCUACCGAGGUCAAGUCAGCCAUUCUCCUCACGCUCAACCACCUGCUUGAGAAGAUGCCAACGGCACUCAAGCCUUUCCUGCCGCAAUUGCAGCGCACAUUUGCCAAGUCGCUUGCUGAUCCCUCGAGCGACGUCCUGCGGAGUCGCGCUGCACGGGCACUGGGCACGCUCAUCAAGUUCACUCCCCGCGUCGACCCUCUGAUUGCCGAGCUCGUGACUGGAUCAAAGACUACGGAUGCCGGCGUCAGGACGGCCAUGCUCAAGGCGCUGUACGAGGUGAUCAGCAAGGCGGGAGCCAAUAUGGGCGAGAGCUCGCGCACGGCUGUACUAGGCCUGAUCGACACCGAGACCGACGAGCGCGACGUUGCCAUGACAAUCACCUACGCCAAGCUGUUCGGCGCUUUGGUCAAGAACGUGUCCGCUGAUGUUGCCACCGGACUGCUGAAGAACAGGGUCAUGACGCGCGAUUUUAGCAACGCCAGUGUUUUGGCGCUGAACGCUGUGCUCCUUGAGAGCCCGGAUACGCUACUUAACUCUCCUCUGGCGGACGACUUGCCAGAAUUGCUCUGCCAGGGAAUGCAGCAUAAAGACCCCUACAUCGUCGACAGUUUCAUCACGGCGACGGGCAAGUACCUCCUCAGCGACGCCCCCAAGGCUUUCGAAACUACCAAGCCCAUCUUUGCAACCCUCGCAAAGAUCAUCCCGCCCGGCAACCCCGGCGACUCGCGGCGCCUGGCGCUCGUCCUCGUGCGCACGCUCGCACGCAACAACACGGAUAUGGUGCGCCCACACCUCGGGUUGCUCGCCCCGCCCGUCUUCGCUUCGGUGCGUGACAUGGUCAUUCCCGUCAAGCUGGCGGCGGAGGCGGCGUUUGUGCAGUUAUUUGCCGUCGCCGACGAGGAGAGCAAGGUGUUUGACAAGUGGAUCGCCGGCGCGACGGAGCUGCCUGCCAACGUCAAGAGGAGCAUGCAAGACUACUUCAAGAGGGUCGCGCUGAGGCUAGGAGCGCAGGUCAGGGAAAGAAGGGAGGCGGAAGGUGGUGCCGGCGGGUUGGGGCUUGCGAAUGACGAGGUUGAGGACGAGAAGGAAAUCAUGGCUGUGGGAAAAGUUGAGGUUGGCUCGGAUGUGUUUUCGGCGGAGUAGACGACUGCAUUUGAAUGGGAGUGAAAUAGUGUACGGUGUGAGCUUAGAGUAAGAAGAGGAAAGAAAAAAUAAAAGAAAAGUUUACGAUCGUUC